AUGGACUUCUCAGACGCUUUCCGGAUCGUCAACUUGGGUGUGGGAGCUUUGAUGAUCUUCAGCGGGAUUUGGCACAUCCACCCAUUCGAACUUGGGAAAUUAAUGGUUGGCAUAUACGUAAUUCUGUUCGGAGCAUCAACUGCUUUGCUUGAAUUUCAAAUUCCCCCACAACUAUCGAGAUAUGCCUCCUUCCUCUUCUCCUUCCUCGGGCGAGGAAUUUUCUACCUCUUCGUCGGUUCAGUCCUCUUCGACGAGCAUAUCACGAACGAUAUUUUCGGGAGCGUCAUUGCUCUUGUCGGUAUUGCCUAUAUCGCUCUCGAGUUCGUCCCAUCGAUCGAACCCCCUCAAAACAUGAGGGAAGCAGACGGUGGAUGGGGCGCAGAGCAAAUCUAA